AUGAUGAAGACACCGCAGCAAUUCUCUCUAUACGAAUCGCCGCAUAUCGACGAAUGCCGUCAGUGCACUGGUCUCCUAGAUCGCCAAAUGGGCUCCUUUGUAUCCCAAUGUUGCAACCAAGAAGUUCAAUUUCAGAAUAAUAAUCGCCAAAUUGUCCGUUUCUUUAUGAUUGGUACUGGUGGUGCUGGUAAGACAACUGUAGUACGACAGCUGAAAUGCUUAUGCAAGGAACGGCCGAAAAAUUACAAGGUCUUUGAUGCAGACUGGAGUGAAAUUCCAGUCGAUAAUAUAUUUACGAGCGAAGAAAUGUCCAGUUUUCGGAAAAUUAUUCGCAAUAACAUAAUGACAGCCACUUACAACCUCAUUCAGCAGACAACCGAAUGGGGUCAUGAAUGCCAGCCUUCAAAAAGUGUGGAGGCAAUUCUAGCCGUCGUCGACAAUGCCGUUAAAGAAGGAAAAGGCACUUUCGAUGUAGAUGUUCCGUCAUCUCUUGGAGACGAUGUUAUCGAAGUAUUACGGGACCCAAAUAUAUCUGACACACUGGAAAGACAUCACAAAAUGGCUAGGAAAUGGCGAAUCGAAGAUGGAACGUUGAAAUUCCUUUCAGAAAAACAAAUCAAACGCUUAUUCGAUGAUAAUGUGGAGUUGACUACGAUUGAUAUCGUUCAUGCAAGCACCCUAACUACAGAUAUACAAGACUUCCGAUUUAGUAUUAACGGCACGUACAUUCAAAUUCACGAUAUGGGUGGACAACCUACAGAAAUGAAUUCAUGCAGCAAUGGAUUGCAGCUGAUAGAGAAGGCUUACAUGAACUUCAUACUUUUUGUGACAUCGAUGGCUGAUUUCAACGUCCAAGACGAAGAAGAAGAGAAGCGAACGGCAAUGGAACAUGUAUUUAACGAAAUUGUGACGGAGUUAUCGAAGACGGAUGAGGGUCGUGCUGAGAUCAUCAAACGUCUCAAUAGUUCCCUGACAGAAGGAUCCAAACGAGGUCUGACAGAUGGCAAUAUUCCUGUGAAAGUGGUGCACAGAGCCAUUGAAAGCAAAUUCGACAACGUCAUUCAGAAACGGAAGAAAGGAACAAGAGUUUACAGA